AUGGCCCUGAGGGUUCUACAAUCAACUGUGACUGUUUGUAAAGACUCCACUGAUCCAACAUGCAAACAAUCACCAGUGCAAGACUGUACAACAGAAACCAUGUGCUUUGUAUCAACAAUACAAAUUACUCAGGGUGGAACGACUACUACCAGAAUAAUAAAGAAAUGUGCAGACUCCUCGCUGUGUCCAGUUGCAGACACACAGACAUACUCCUUAAACACUGGAUCUGGUCAAGUGUUUGCACAAGCCACCUGUUGUAACAAAACAAACUGCAACAGAGAUGCCCCACCACUGCCGUCGCCUCCUGGAAACAGCUCAGUGCAAUGCCCGACCUGUGAUCCUCAGACAGGCACAUGCACUACUAAUGUAACAUGUAAUGAACUGGAGACCAGCUGCUUCCAAACUACAGCAACAACUUCAGCGUCCAGUCUCCCAGUCCAGGGCUGUGCCUCAGCAAAUACUAAUUCCAUCUCUGUUCUCAUCACAUUUCUACCUGUACUGUCCGUUUACAAAAAUGUGACUAACAUCUCCAUCUUAUCACCAACUACAACGGUUAUGGAUGAGCCCACCUCCAAGUCUGCAGUCUCGGCUUCCUCCUUGGAAGAAGUGAGAGUGCUGCGACAGGCACCACCGACUUUACGCCCACAGCUACGAGCAGCCGCAUCGACAAUAGAGAUCGAGAACGAAGCCCACUCGGACUCCAUGUCUCCAGCCUCCCACAGAAUCUUGGAGAAACCCUCCUGA